CAGUCAUGAGGAUUUCUAGUUCUACUUUCUUCUUUGCCUUUUUUGCAAUUCUCAUGUUAUCUUGCUAUUCUUCACCCACUGAUGAAUUAUAUCCUACAGCAAAUCUUUCGACUACAUGGACCAACGAUUACUCGGGACUCGUGCUCCAUAGGAAAACCGAUGUUGCUCAAUUCACCUGUGGCUUCAUCGGUCAAGGAAAUAAUCCGUCUUACGUUUUUGCCAUAUUCAUUUCUUCUACCAGUGAAUACCCUUGGCAAUAUGAAAUCGUUUGGUCGGCCAACAGGGAUAAUCCCGUCAGGGAUAAUGCAAUUCUGAAUUUCACCGCAGCUGGAGAAUUGAUCCUACAGGAUGUAGAUGGAAGAAUAGUUUGGACCACAAACACCACAGGAAAAUCAGUUGUUGGCAUGAACCUAACAGAUGCUGGAAAUUUGGUGUUAUUCGAUGAUCAGAGAUCGGUAGUUUGGCAAUCUUUUGAUCACCCAACAGACUGUUUGUUACCUGGCCAAAAGCUCUUUACAGGUCAGAAACUGAAAUCUAGUGUUUCUUUAACUAAUUUCUCGCAAGGAAUGUUUUCUCUUCAACUCACGAAUGAAGGUUUGUUUGGUUAUGUUGAUUCAAACCCACCUCAAGCCUACUUAAGUAGGCGUGUCAAUCCAUACGGCAGUGAUACAUAUAAAGAAAGAAGAAGAUACAUGAGGUUCUUGAAUGGAAGUUUGUCACUAUUCAUUUAUUCUUCUGAGCCAAGUGAUCCUGAUGAAAUGAUUGGCACACGUCAAGCGUCAUCAGCAGCUCAGUAUGUGAAACUGAUGCCAGAUGGGCGUUUGCAAGUGUUUGAGUUGCAAUUUGAAGCAUGGACAGUGCUAACCGAUCUUACUACACGUUUUGUUGAUGAGUGUAGUUAUCCUUUGGCUUGCGGAAGAAAUUCCAUUUGCUCAGAUAAUCAACAAUGCAGUUGUCCCACAACAAAAUAUUUUAGACCAAUUAAUGAUCGCCAACCCAACCAGGGUUGCUCUGCAAUUACUAAUCUCACAUGUAAUUCUACAAAAGAUCAAGGUUUUAUCAGACUUGAGAGUGUCACGUACUCCACUUUUACUACCGACAAGGAAAGGGUGAAUUUGGAGACUUGCAAACAAGCAUGUCUAAACAAGUGUGAGUGCAAAGCAGCUUUUUUCCGGUACAAUUCAAAUGCUUCAAGUGGAGAAUGCUUUUUACCAUCAGAAAUAUUUACAAUGAUGACUGUUGAUCCAUUUCUUUAUAAUUAUAAGGUUUCAGCUUUCAUUAAAGUCCAGAAUGCUAGAUCACAUCAUUCUGCAAUAAUUGUAGGCUCUACGAUUGGAAGUUUUGUGCUUCUUGUGGCCAUAGGGGUUAUUGUGUAUGUGGUCUACAGGCGCAAAAGCGAUGAAGAAAUGGACGAAGAGUAUUUAGAUCAAGUUCCUAGAAUGCCAAAUCGGUUUUCUUAUGAAGAACUGAAAACGGUCACAGAGGAUUUUAGUAAAAAGCUUGGUGAAGGAGGAUUUGGGUCAGUUUUUGAAGGCACUCUUGGAGAUGGAACCAAGAUUGCAGUAAAAUGUCUUGAAGGUCUUGCGCAUGUUAAGAAAUCAUUCCUAGCGGAGGUUCAAUCUAUUGGCAGCAUUCACCAUGUGAAUCUGGUUCGACUUCGAGGAUUUUGUGCAUGGAAAUCACAGCGACUUCUUGUGUAUGACUUCAUGAGUAAUGGGUCAUUAGAUAAGUGGAUCUACCUUGGAAAUCGAGAACAUGUACUUGAAUGGGAAUGCAGAAAAAAAAUCAUUCUUGAUAUAGCCAAAGGUUUAACAUAUCUUCACGAAGAUUGUAGGCAAAGAAUCAUCCACCUUGACAUUAAACCUCAAAACAUACUCCUAGACGACGAUUUCAAUGCUAGAGUAUCUGAUUUUGGGUUAUCUAAGCUCAUCGACAAAAAUCAAACCGAAGUGAUGACUACCAUAAAAGGUACCCCAGGCUAUAUCGCUCCAGAAUGGUGGAGCUCAAUUAUCACCGAGAAGGUGGAUGUAUACAGCUUUGGGAUCGUUCUUUUGGAGAUCUUAUGUGGCAGGAAAAUAUUUGAUAGAUCCCAGCCAGAAGAAAGCUGGCACUUGCUCUCUGUGUUUCAAAAAUGUUGGGAGCAAGGAACGUUGUUAGAUAUUGUUGACAAACACAGUGAAGAUAUGCAAACAAAUGGUACGGAGGUUGUGGAGAUGAUGAAGAUGGCUUCAUGGUGUUUACAAACUGAUUAUACUAGAAGACCUUCGAUGUCAUCAGUGGUUAAGGUGUUAGAAGGAGGAAUGAAUAUUGAAUCAAACUUGGAUUAUAACUUCACAGAUCCAAGACUAAAGAAAAACUGUAGUCAAGAGAAAGAUCUAACACCAUUGUUGCCUUUUGUUCUAUCUGGUCCAAGGUGAGUAAAUGGCUUUCAAGGAUCUUAUGGAUCAUUUUCAUGCUUAUGUAUAUUGUUUAUAGAUAAAACUAAAUUGACAUUAUGCUUGAUCAUAUUUGCAAUGAAU